AUGGACAGGCUCUGUCCUGCUGCUGGCAGAGGUGGCACGAGCAGCGUCCCACCUGCCACAUCCCAGGGACACCUCUCAGGCUGGGAGAAUCCUGCCAGGGAUCUGGAUGCCUCUGCCCCACCUCCGUGUUCCCCAGAUGAGGAGUGUGAGUCCUGCUGGCCCCGCUCCCCCGAGCUCCUGCCCCCCGGGGACCGCCUGCACCGCCGGGGACAAUGGUGGAGGGACACGAGCACGGCACCAGGGACACGUCCCCAGGACAUGGCACCAGGGAAGGCUGGGCUGGCAGAGCAGAGCAGCCCCUCUCCCGAGGCAGGACACGGCUCCCCAGAGCCCUCGGUGGUGCUGCUGGCUCCCAAGGACAGCUUUCCCCCAGAGCUCUCGCUCUCCUUCUCCGUGGAGAGCCGCUCCUGCCGCUGCCGCAAUGCCCAGCUCCAGGAGGCUGCCAGGAAGAAGCUGUGGGCUCUGGAGAGCGAUGACAGAGGUGUCUGUGCCCUGUUCAAGGAGCUGUCAGCCAGGCUGGUCUGCACGCAGGCACACGAGGAUCGCUUCCUCCUCACCUUCAAAACCCUGGAGGAAGUCUGGAAGUUUUCCACCUAUCUGACUUUAGGGUACGUGGGAACCUGCCUGGAGCAGCUGCUCUUUGCCCAGGAGUUCUGGCUGGACUGUGCCCUGGUGGAGGACACAGAGCUCAGGGUCACCGUGGAUGAGGAGCACCUGGCCACCAUCUACAUGGAUCUGCUCCUCCAGGAAGGGAACUUUUUCUGCAGGGCAGUGCCUGGUGUCUGCAAGUUGGAGCAGGAGGGAGAGGAGGGUCUGCAGCUCUGCAGGAACGAGCUGAUCCAUGUGAAGAGUGUUGGACAGGAUUCCAAAUGGGAAGGGAUGUCCCUGCUGACAGGGCAGCGAGGUGUGGUGCCCGUGGCUGCUCUGGAGCCAAUACCUCACCCCUUUUACCAGUGGUUCCUGAGGAGUUAUGCUGUGAGCUUUGGCCUCUCCCAGGAGAUCAGCGGGACGAGCUCUCGGGCCAUUGUCAGAGGCAGGUGCAUCGCCACCAAGGACCACAGAGGAGCAGCGUGGGAUGAGCUGAGCUUCUCCAAAGGAGAUCCCAUAGAAAUCAUUGGCUUCUUCAUCCCUGGGCUGCCCUGGUUUGUGGGCAAAUCCCUCAGCACCAGGAGCAUUGGCUUCGUUCCCACCCAACACGUACAUCCCGAGGCUUGCGAACCUCUGGGAAAGGGCUUUGUGUUUCUGAGCGAAGAGGAGAAGUCCCCAGUGCUGCACAUCCCCUGCAAUGGUGACGAGCAGCACUUUGCCACCCUCCUGGGGGACCUGGCACACACUGACAUCACCUCUGUCUACAGGCUGGCUGGGUUUGAACCCACAGCCAUGUUCCCACAAGUGCCACCAGAGGCUGCUCUCCAUGCCAGUAAAGAAAUCCAGGUGCUCCAGUCUUGGGAGGAAAUCAAUGACUGGGCUACCAGCAGCACCUCAGAGCUGUCCAGCCCAGGCAGUGAAACAGCCCCUGCCACACUGGAAGAUGUUCUCCUGGAGAAGCUGGACGACUUGGAUUAUCCCAAAUUCUUCAUCGACCUCAAUGCUGGCCACAUGGAGGAUGCUGAUGUCUUUGACCCCAUAUUGACCUUCCUCAACCAAGACAGUUUCGUGCCCAGCUUUCAAAGCUUUUAUGAUCUCAGCUUUUCCUUUCUCCACUCCACUUUUUAUGGUUUCUCUGAUGAGGAUGAACUGGUCCUGUACCUCGAGACUUCCCGGAACUGGGCCAAGAGGACUCGUUCAGUUUGGGCUCAUGUCAGGCUCUGUUUCCUCUUGGGUAAGCUCUGCAUUAAAAAGGUCAAGUUCUCCCAGGCUCGGGUGUACUUUGAGGAAGCCAUGAGUGUCCUGGACAGGGGCUUUGGGGACCUGCCCCUGCUGGCAGCGCUGCAUGGGAGCCUCGCCUCCAUCUACCUGAAGCAGAACAUGAAGCACAAGUUCUCCUCCCUGCUGGGAAAGACGGUGACCCUGCUGGUGUGCCUGCCUGGCCGCUCCUUCAGCUCAGAGAACGAGCUGGAGCUCCUCACCUACAUCCUGAGGGAAUCCAUCGCCGUGGGCAACGCUCCGCUGGAGGCCCGGAUCUGCUUCCUCAUCGUCAAGCUCUUCCUGCAGCUGGGCAGGACCGAGGAGGUGCUGCCCUUUUUGGAGCAUCUCCAGUGUCUCAGCACCACCUGGCUCAGCCCAGGCACCCGUGCUGGGCCCCUGGAUGCCGCUGCCACCUUGGGCUACCUCUAUGACAAGAAGUGCCUGCCAAACAUCGCGCUGGCCUCCGUCAGGUCCUUCGUUCCCAGCAGCGCCAAGGGGACACCGACCCCCAUCUGGCGAGCUGGCUUCAUCCUCCAAAAUGCUUCCAAACUCCUGGGGAAGCAGCAGCUGGGCAGGAGCAGCAUCCCAGCCCUGGCUUGUCUGUACCUCAGGCAAGCGCUGCAGUUCUGCUGUGAGAGCAGGGCCGUGCCCAUGCAGAGGACGCUCUGCGCCGUCCUGUCCAGGACGUACCUCCAGCACGGGCUGCUGGACGGGGCUGUUCCUUACGCAGCCAGGGCCGCAGCUCUGGGCAGAUUGCUGGGGGAGGAGGAGGCUUUUGAGUCCUCGCUGUCCUUGGGGUGGCUGUACCUCCUGCAGCGGCGGCCGGGCCCGGCCGGGCCCAUCCUGCGGCAGCUGCGGCGCUCGCUGCGCGGCGCGGCCUGCGAGACGCCGCGCGGGGCUGUGCACAACCUGCUGGCCAUGGCCCUCAGCGCCCAGGGACGUGUUCAGGAGGCCGCAGAGAACUUCCUGAGGGCCCUGCACAAGGCCAAGGAGACGGGGAACAGGAGGAAUCAGGCCGUGUCCCUGGCUAACCUGGGCCAGCUGAGCCUGUCGUGCGGGGCCGCCCAGCUGGCCGAGCUCUACCUGCUGUGGUCAGUGCGGCUCUACGCCGAGCUCCAGGGCCACCAAGAGCUGGACACGGAGCUGGCACAGGUGCUGCUGUGGCUGGCACAGGCCAUGGUGGACAGGCAGAGGAUGGAAGGUGCCAAGCUCUGCUAUGAACUGGCGCUGGGUUUUGCCCUGAAGUGGCAGAACCUGAGGAGUCAGCUGCACGUCACGGAGCGUCUGUGCCAUUUCUACAGCAGAGUGUGCCCCGACCUGCGGGCCUGCAUCACCUACCACGAGCACUGGGCGUCCCUGGCACGGCAGCUGCAGGACAGGGAGCUGGAGGCCAAUGCCAGGCAGGCCCUCAGCCGGCUCUACCAGGCUUUGGGCACACCUGAGGCUUUGAGACAAUCCCUGGACUGCACCAAGCAGAGCCUGAAGAUCUUCAUUGACCUCGAGGAGGUUGUGAAGGCAGCAGAGGCCUGGCUGCAGGCAGGAAAACUCUAUUACCUUCUGCAGGAGGAUGAGCUGGUGGAAAUGUACUUCCAGGCAGCCAUCCAGACUGCUCUGAAAGGGGACAACUUCUCCUUGGCCAUGGAUCUUUAUGAGAAAGCAGGUGACACCUUCUUCAAUGGCAGCCGGAGCAGGGCCAGGGCAGUGGAGUUUUACAGGGGAGGAGCUGUGCCCUUGGCCAGGAAACUCAAGGCCACCCAGACAGAGCUGCGGCUGUUCAACAAACUGGCAGAGCUGCAGAUCAGCCUGCAGGGCUACGAGAAGGCUCUGGAGUUUGCCACGCUGGCAGCCAGGCUCAGCCUCAGGGUCGGGGAUCAGCUGCAGGAGCUGGUUGCCUUCCACCGCCUGGCCACAGCCUAUGACUUGCUGCACAUGCACGAGAUGGCCGAGGAUUGCUACCUGAAGACCCUGGCCAUGCGUCCCCCCAUGCUGCAGAGCUCGGCAGAGGCCCUGUACUACUGCAAGGUCUACUGGCACCUGGGCAACCUGGCCCUGCACAAGCUGAAGGAUGAACAGGAUGCAGCCUCCUACUUCCUGCUGGCCCUCGCUGCAGCCACCGAGCUGGAGGACCAGGAGCUGCAAGCCCUGCUCCGUGCCAAGCUGGAUGCCAUCCCCAGAGCCCCAGGGGGACCUGAGGGCGCUCCAGGCUGUGCCACCGACCGGCCCCGGUGGCUGAGCGAAGGUGGCCACGUGGUGUGACCCGUGUGCCACGCUGGGGACACCAGCGGAGCCAUCCAGCAGCGCCGUGCAAGGUCCGUGUGCCCUCCAGGAGCGGCCCAGGAGACUCCUGCACCACGUCCUGAGGGGCUGGAAGGGUUUGGGCUCCUCCUCCCAAGCACUUGGGACCCUGCCCUUGUUUUUCAGGAGCAGGGCUGUGCCCAGAGCGGAGGUGGCACAGCCAGGGCAGGGUGAGGCCCAGCAGUGGUGUUGGAGCUGGGGGUGCAGCAGGGCUGAGCUCCUGGGGGGGUUCAGGAGUGCCCUGCCCAGGAUGGGGACUGGGGAAUGCUGCCAUGUGCCUGUCCCCACAGCUCCCCACACCUUGCAGCAGCUCAGCCCGACCCAAACGUGUGUGGAAUAGCAACUCCUUCAUUUACACCUGGUUUUUAUCCUCAUCUGCCCCACGAGGUGUGUGACGGCAGCUCUGCCAAGGCCCUCUCCUGUAAAAAGCACCACCAAAGCUUUUGGCAGUGAGGGACAGAAUUAGGGAAGUGAGGAGCAAUAAAGGGGCUGGUCCAGCCUCCCGGGGGGGCAGAAAAAACUGCUCAGGGGGAGGCAGAGCCCACCCUGACGCUGGGGCAGGAGCACAGAACAGGGAGCUGCUGGAGUCCCCAUCGCUGGAGAUGUCGAAAGGUAGAUGUGGCAUUUGGGGACACGGGUGAUUGCUGGGUUAUAACACGGGUUAUUUCCCAAGCCGAGCGGCUCUCCCGGGCACAGGCAGGAUGAGCAGCUCUGCUCUCAGCCAGGCUCGCCACCAGAGAGCAAUAAAUGCUCAUUUUUACAGCGGGAACGGCUUCCCUGCCAAGCCCGAGCCCGGCUCUCGCUCGGGGCUGGAGCUCAGGGAAGAAGGAGAGCUUUUCCCAGCUGAUCCCUUUGCUUUGGUAACCAGUGGCCAUCUGGGCUUCACAGCCAGACCCCGCUCCCAGUUCCUCCAGCUCCCUGCCCGUGCUGCCCUGCCUGGGAUUGUUAAAUGCACAAUAUUUAUUUCCUUCCCACUCUCUACAAACGCUCUCAGCUUCCUCUCGCAGUCCCUUGUAGGCGUUUGUCACCGGGGCAAUGGUUAUUUACUGCUUGUUUACCGAGCAUUCCUGCUCUGCUGCCUCACACCCAGCCCGGAGCAGGGGAAUCUCCAUCCUGGGUGAAAUCCAGCCGGCUCAGGGCUCCCCAAAACCUCCCUGCCCACCCCACCUGAUGGGCUGCCUGAUCUCAGUGCAGCUGCUCGGUGCUCGUCAUGCCAGGGCAGGAUGUUUUCUGCAGUUUUUCAGUCAAUUCUCCUUUUUCUUUUGGUCUAGAUGGUCUGUAAGGACCAUUCCAACCCCUUUAACAUGCUCUGGAUCCUUUCACACGUGGGGAAAAGCAGGUGUCACACCUUUGUGCCAGGAGGAAGGUGGACAGUUGGAAAUCAGGGUGGGAUGGCUCUGGAAGCCCUGAGGGCUUUGUUUAAGCACACAGCCUCAGUGUCUGAGCUGGCCUGACCCAGCCCAGCUCCAGGAGUCAGAGAUGUUCUGAUUCAGGGACUCUGGAGCUACUUUGGAGCCAAAUGUGUCCUUAAAUCACAGCAAAACAAAUUUGUGGUGCCUGCAGAGGGAAAAGGUCUUCCUCCUUGGGAUCAUCCUGUAAAGUAUCAUUUUCCCUGUCCCACAGCUGCCUGCCUGCUCCCACAUGCUGUGAUGCAGUGGGAUGAGAGCUCAGGCUGGCCAGGGCUGACUAAAAUUCACAACACAGUGAAAUUUAAAGCUGUUGUUCAUGUGCACCAAGGAAAGAUGAGGAUAUUCCAUCCCUCCAGCCACCAGUUUUGUGGGCAGAGAAAUCUGGGGACUUUGUGGCAGGUCACCAGCUGGUGGCUCAGCUCCUGCAGCUCCUGUCCUCCUCCCUGCCCAGGAUGGGGAAGCUGUCCCUCGUUCCUGGGGCAUUCUGUGGGACACUGCAGGAGGGAUGCCCCUGAGGGGUGCAGAGCCUGGCCAGAGCUGUGCUGCUGCUCCAGGAGAAGGCUCUGGGAAGAGGAAGAAUGUGGGCACACAGGAAUUAUCCUGCAGAAAGCAUCGACCACCAGCGUCCUGCUCCGUCACCGCAGAAAUAGGGGAAAGGGAAGGGAUGGAUCAAAUCUCCUCUGACACCAGCGGUGCCCUGGCUUGUGACUCCUGCCCCAGCCACAUGUGACUGCCUGUUCCAUGCCCAGGCCAGGAGUUUUCCUUCCUCCCUGCAGCCAGACAGGCUGGAAAUAGGCCUGGAGGGAGCCACGUGCAGCAGCACGUGCUGCUCAGAGCAGCACCUUCCUCCCCAGCCCUUCCAGAGCGUGCUGGGAGCUGCAGGGACAUCCCUGCUUUGGAUUUGGUGCCCCAGUCCUUCCCCACUUUGGCCUUCCAGGCACCAGCACUCCCAGUCCUGGCACUGGGGUCCCUGUGUUUGUUUGAUGCCUCAGGGGGCCGUUUAAGGCCUGGAAUAAUGAGGAGCUGGAUUUCUCUCCCGUAUGUUCAUUCUUGGACAGUGGAAAUACCACGACAGGAAUAAUUCUUGCAUCAUCUGAGCUCUGGUGUGAGCCUCCUGUGGAAUGGGGAGAAAGGAAAUGCUGAUAAUGGAAAUACAGAUAUGGACAGAGAGCUGGAUUUAUUUGGAUUUUCGUGGAAAUGACUCGUUUCUGCAGAAAUACAGUACCCAACAAUAACAGCUGUUAUCAGCAGACAUUUUUUCGUCAUUCCUUCGUGGCACAAUGGUGCAAACUGGGCUGGAUGAGAGACCUGGUGUGGAGGAGCAGCGAGGCUGAGGCAGAGAUAAACCCAGAGCUCAGCUUAUCUCAGAGGUGGCUGCUCCUCUCUGGGCAGCAUCUCCUGCUGUUGCCUGGCUCAGUAAUGAGGAGUUGGUAAACACCAGCUGUUCUGCUAAGCAGAGCUGGGGGGAGUGUGUAAACUGGGUAAUUUAGAUUAAAAAUCAUUUAUUUGCACAGCAACCUGCUUGUUCAGUGAUAAUUGGGCUCAUAAAUAUGUAUGGGGGAGG